AGAGGAGAGACAGCGGCGUCCUCUGUCCUGCAUCACCUCCAGAUUGUGCGUUAAGAUAUAAAUACUUUCAUGCAAAAACAGCCUGUUCCCAUCAUUUUUUCUUCUCCAAUGCUUUGACAUUUGGAAUGUGCUGUUUUCUUGCAAGCGCUGUUUCCAUGCCAGCAUGGGAACUGCAGUGUCCAAAAGGAAGAAUCUGAGAAAUGAUGCGAUUUCUUCGGUGGCAGCCAAAGUUAGAGCAGCUCGUGCAUUUGGAGAGUACUUUCACACUCAUCCUGAGAACCACAACGGAUCAGAUCACUUACUCACUGACAACCUCGUUGGCCACGACUCUGACUCCCCAGACAGCCUCUGUGCUCAGAAGAACAACCUCCACAGCUACACCCUCCAGGACUCCACUAUCAAUACCAACCCCAGCCUGAUCAACCCCGCCCUGGGCCUUCUGGAAACCCCUCCUCCUACAACAUCCUCCAAGAGCCGCCUGUCCUUGGAACGCAGCUUCUCGACCGAAGAGGACGAGCAGAAGUGUGUAGAGUGUGCUUUGCAACCUGCUCGGGUCUACACCAUCACUGGAGAGAGCGGCAUGCUGGGAACCAGCCGGGGAAGCAAGGAGAACCUCGAACUUGAGGUCUUGAAAGGGGCACGGGAGGUGUGUCAUGCCCAAGCUCUCGCCCAACCCUCCACCUCCUCUAACUCGUCGUCUCCAACCCAGCACCACCGCCACCAUGGAAGUGGAAGUGGUAACCAUCACCACGGCAACCAUCAUCAUGGCAACCACCAUCAAAGCAACACCAGCAGCAGUGGCGCAGGUGGAAGUGGCGGAAUCAACCACCACCAGCACAUCACCAGUGGGGGAAGCGGACCAGGAACGUCGCAUCAUCACCAUGGAGAAGCUCAUCACCACCAUCACCUUUCCCAGCCACUACAGAGCUCUGUCAGCGCGCACAACAUUCGUGGCUGGGGCGAAGGCAAGGAUUGUGGUCUGGCGUGCGAAACCUGUCCCGGGACGCCGUCACGCAGCCAGGGGUCCCUGGACCUGGAGAGCAGUACCCGAGAGGCAGGCAAGCAGCACCGGCCACCACUAGAGCGGAUGUGCAGUGUUGACCGGGUGACUGGGCUGGAGCGAGAUGACAACAAUUGGUUCCCUAAAGAGAACAUGUUCAGCUUUCAGACUGCUACCACAACCAUGCAGGCGAUUUCAAAUUUCCGAAAGCACUUAAGAAUGGUGGGCAGCAGAAGAAUGAAAGCACAAACAUUUGCAGAGCGCAGGGCGAAGAGUUUCAACCGAUCCUGGAGCGAUCCAACCCCUGUCAAACAAGACUCUAUUCACGACUCAAAAGACAGUGGAGAUCUGCAGACAACCUGUUGCACUCCAGACGAGGGUGGAUGUGAAGACCUGGACUGGGAGGAGGAGAGAGAAAUGGAGAGACUGGCGUGUGAUGGGGAUGACUUUAUACCCCCUAAAAUUAUGCUGAUAUCAUCUAAAGUCCCCAAAGCAGAGUACGUCCCCAACAUCAUUCGAAGGAACGAUCCUUCUAUUAUACCUAUACUCUACGAUCAUGAGCAUGCUACGUUUGACGAUAUUUUGGAGGAGAUUGAGAAGAGAUUGACGGCCUAUAGAAGAGGCUCCAAGAUCUGGCACAUGCUGAUCUUCUGUCAGGGUGGCCCAGGGCACUUGUACCUGCUGAAAAACAAAGUAGCCACUUUUGCCAAGGUCGAGAAAGAGGAAGACAUGAGCCUGUUUUGGAAAAGACUAAGCCGGUUUAUGAGCAAAGUGAACCCAGAGCCAAACUUGAUUCACAUCAUGGGCUGCUAUGUCCUGGGCAAUCCGAAUGGAGAAAAGCUGUUCCAGAAACUGAAGAACCUGAUGAGGCCUUAUUCUGUCACAUUUGAGUCACCGCUGGAACUCUCCGCUCAGGGCAAAGAGAUGAUUGAAAUGUACUUUGACUUUCGUCUGUUCCGACUUUGGAAAACUCGGCAGCACUCGAAACUCCUCGACUAUGAAGAUCUGGUGUGACCCAGUGCAGAUCAGAGUGUAGCAUUGCGGGCAGGACUUCCCACUGUAAAACUCCAUCAAACCGCUUUCAUUUCGGUGGAUAGGAACAGGGGGAGGACAACGAGAGGAGACAAACAGCCAUUUCGCUGCCAUUGCUGUGUCCCAACUAUUGUUUAUCAACUCUCUGUGCAGGAGUUAGACCACUUUCAAACGGUAACACACAAGAGACGAAAACAAACGAAUACAACAGAUGGCAAAUGGACCAAAACAAAAGUGAAGACAAAAAAAGAGGAUAUGUUGAUGUUUCUCUUCUAUAAAAGAGUGAAGUUGUUUCUUGUUGGAGAAUAUUGUUGUGUGUUGUUGUUGUCCACUUUUGUCAUUUUUUAAGUAACAUAUCGCUCACAGUGAUCACUAGCUGUCGAUCUAGCAAAGACCGUCAUGUUUACGAAAGAGUCAUGCGUGCAAUAUCAGGUCGUCUUUUACUAAACUUAUCAGAAAACACAGAAAUGGUCAUGUAUGAAAUAAUAUAUCAGUAUACAUACAGGAUAUACAUCUCAUGAGGAUAUAGUGUAGCUAUAGUCAUGCAAAUAAUAAUGUCAAUGGUACACAAUUUACUUUUUCAAUGUUUAUUGUCGUGGUCUUUCUAAUGAACUAUUUUGAAAAACUCAGGUUUUAGCCUUUAUGAAUAUAUUAAUUAUUCCCCUAACCAGAUGUGUUUGGAGGUUGUCACUCAAUGUUUUGGAAAGAAUGUACAUUUUGCUAACAUACGUAUAUGUGAUAAAUUUAUUGCAAUUUGCUUUUGGCUUACCUCGUGUCUCUUGCAUUAUAUGCCUUUCUUUGUCCCCCCAUCAAAAACAUAGACCCAUAUUGUAACACACAAUUGCACACAGUCCCUGAACACGGAAAUAGUGACUUCCAGUCAUAUAAUAAUAAAAAAACUGACCUCAGUAUAGCCACACAGCUGCGCAAGGUGCAUCUGAAUUAUUAGUAGUAACAUGGCAUUACAGGGAGAUAUUACAAUAUGUUCAAAUAUGUAUCCUUUGUUACUCAUUGUGUUCAUAACAGUUUGACUGUUUUCACAAUUGGAUUUGUGCAAUUUCUUGGUCAGAACCUGUUAGAUUCGAGUUUGAUUUCAGCUCCCUUCCCCUGAGCCCACAGGUAGCUUUUCACAUUGUAUUAUUUGGUGGUAAACCGUAGGAAAUGACUCAAGGAGAAGGCAUCAAAAAUGGAAAUUGUUGUUGAUGUAACUCAUGCUUUGUCCAUUUGGUUUUAAAACCAAAACUUAACACGCAAAAAAUGGCAUUUGCAUUCUGGGUUGCAAAAGAUACAUGAAAUGUGAGCUUUAUACUAUAAAAGAUUAUAAGUCAAUAAUAGUAGUUCACUUCUGCAAAAUAGGCCAGAUUGCUUUCAUACCAAUUCUGGAGUCAAUGAACCAUAUCCGAGACCACUAUUUUCAAGAGCAUUAUCUUGAAAAAAUUCGAAAAACAGCUUUCAUACUCUAACGUCAAACGUAUUUGGUUCCUCACUUGAAGUUCUAAUAUAAAAACACCCUUACUUUUCCAUGGGUAUCCAUUUAAUUUCAGGCCAUUGGUGUGGUGGGUCAUGAGUAGGCAUUAUUUUGAAGGUCCCUUUUGCCUUAUGGGGCCUAAUGGUAUUUGAUGUCCAUACAAAGAUAAUAGAAUGAAGUGUUACAUUUUAUGGCAGCAUGCAAGUGUAAACUCUAUGCAUUCCUCUACUUCCAUUAGUAGCUUUUAAAGGUUUUGAGCAACUAGCAUUUUUUUAUGUCUAUGUUUAUGAAUGUUAUAAUGUGCUCAGCUAAUAAGCCAUACACUCUUUAGCUACUGCAGCAAGCUGCUUAGACUGAGGGGGUCUUUGAUGUUGAUGACUUCAGGCGUUCAUGAAGAAGCUGAACUUCAAACUAGUUAAAUUAUGGAUUUUUUUUUUAGCAUAAUUUCUUGUCUUGUUUUAUACACACCCAUGAUGCUAAUUGGCUAAUCCUUUAGUGUUGUUCGGGCAACAUUUAACUUAAUUGACAAAUUGGAGUCUGAUCCCCACUAUAUAACUCGACCAGUCCGGUAUGUUCCCAAGACGUUUGUGGAAGAACGUAUCUUCUAGAAGGCAUUACAUUCCUAUGAGCAGCAUCCCAGAUAUUCUAAUUUCAAACAUCAUAUUUGUGUACAAACAUCUGAUAAACAUCAGUUUGGUCUGUUCCUCACGCAAAGCUAUCUUAUGGCUUCAGAAGACUUGGAAUAUAACACACAAAUCUUUUAUGAUACUUUUGAGUCAUUUUUGAGCUUGACAGCAUCACUCACUAAUUAAAUGGAAAAGAACAGGCAGGAUAUUCCUCAAAAAUUAUCUUUUUGUGUUCCAAGGAAGAGAGAAAGUCAUAAGGGUUUGGAAUAACAUGAGGGUAAAUAAUUGAUAAUAGAAAAAUCUUUUUUUGGUAGAACUGUUCCUUUCAAAUGAGCAGAUUCACAUCAAUUCUUAAUCAAAAAUGUUGCAAAAACAUCUGCUGAAUGUCGUUCCAACAUCCCAAAGGGAACAUUUUAGCAAUCCAGAUGAGCAUGCACACAUCAAACAGAUGUAUUCGCAACAUGCAUGCACUAUCAAGGUCAAUACUAGUCAUUUUAUGCCCCUUUAUACCCUCAUUUGAAGGGUACAAGAAGGUUACAGAGUGAUUUUACUGUAUAUAGCGGACAUACUCAAAAGUGUAAUAUGGUUGUAAAGAAACAUUUUGAAUAGUCUUUUUGACUGCAAGGUUGCUGUGUGGUGCAUACUUGGAUUAAGUAUCCGUGAGUUCAAAUGAGUGUACAGCUAUCCACCUUUCUCCCGAAAGGGCUACACCCCAGUCAGAAAAUAGGCUACAAAUGAAUUGGACUGACCCUAGAGCAAUUUCAGUCAUUAUGGGGCCAUCUGUGACUCGCGGUAGGUGUCAGAGAGCUUGAAAUGUCAGAGUCAGAGAGAGAGAAAAAAAGAGAAUCCAUAUACUACAGAUGGCAGAAUCACACUAGCAUGAACAUUUGGUGGUGAGAGUGUAAGCGUGUUACCUCGGGACCUCCAAUAUGAACAGUAGGCAGAAAAUGGAGGCUAGUUAGACAGUUUAGUUCAUAUAUCAUUCAUUCAUUAUAACUUUAUCACUCAUUUUGAAUUUUAUAGCCUUUCUGUAAGAAGGAGAGUCAUGGAAUGAGUGUUUGUUUUUUUAUUUGCUUUUUAACUGGGUUCACCAAGUUAACGUUUUAAAGCCCUUUGUCGAUGUAGCAGUAUAUGUACUGUAACUCCUUUAAUUAUUUAUAAUAUAAAUGUUAAUCUUUUUUCCUAUUUAUUAUAUAAUUUAUUUAUGCUAUUUAUUUUGUACUUGUUCCAAACAGAAAUGGCUGUUUGUUUCGCAAACAUUUUUUUUGUGGGGCAAUUCAUUUCUCACAAUUAUGGAAGAAUCCCAUUUGGUGUCUUCUGUACACAAAGCUUUGGCAAGAGUCUGCCUUUUAAAUUGGCCCUGAACAAAUAAGAUAUCUCACUGAAGGACAGUUUGCUUGUACUUGAUGUAAAUUGACAUGGCAGUAAUAAAACAUUAAUGCAAGAACUAACUCCAGCCCAAAUCCCUAACCAGUUUUCAUCAGUAAAAAUAUUUGCUGGGAAAUGUUGAUUCUAAACCAGCUUUAUCCCCUGAUCUACAGGGUUCUAAAUUAAGAACUAAAUGGAUCUUUGAACGGAACCUUAAUACAGUAUGUUGAAAUCAGCAUUUAAGAGUGUCAACAUUUUCUGGCGUACAUCCCCACCGAAGAAAACAAUAGAAAUUCUAAUGGUUUACACUACAAAUACCAUUAAGAGUGUAGUGUGUUUUGGGCCAUAUUCCAUUAGAAUUUAAUGUUUUGUAUUGGUUUCCAUUACAGAUAUGUAUUGGUCCCUAAUGGUAUCCACUAGACAUAACAUGCCACCAAUAGAUGCCAACACAUUACCAGCUGAGACCCAUAGGGACAUUAUAGUUUCCAUUAAAACCAAUACAAUUCCCAUAAUAGCCAUUAGAACCAUUAGAAUUUUUGUGAGGGUUUCCUUCACAUUUAUAGAAGGAGCAGGGCUGUAGUUUUUUUAGAUAAAUUAUUUAUUUAUUCAAAAAUACAAGGUAUUUUAGUCACACUUUUAGUAGCCUUUAUUAGACAUUACAAUAUUAAAACCAUUCAUGAUUGUUCAAUGCUCAUUAAUGAGUUAUAAUGGUUUUUUAAUGUUCACUACACUUGGAUUAAUGGUUUUCUAAACUCAUUAGUGAGUUUUAAUGUGUUGUGAGCGUUCACUAAACUUAACACAUUUUUAUAGUUUGUGAGCGUUCACUAUACUUGUUAACAAGUUUUAAUGGUUUGUGAGCAUUCACUACACUCGUUAACGAGUUUUAGUGGUCCGUGAGUGUUCGCUUGACUCCUUAACAAAUUUUUGUGGUUUGUGAUCAUUCUACACUUGUUGAUGAUUUUGAAUGGUUCUCUGGGCAGUGAUGUACCAAAUACAUUUUUGGCGAAACUACACUUAUUAACAAGUUUUAAUGGUUUGUGAGCAUUCACUACACUCGUUAACAAAUUUUAGUGGUUGGUUAGCAUUCAUUACAUUCGUUGAAGAGUUUGAAUGGUUUGUUACCAUUCGCUACACUAGUUAGCAAGUUUUAAUGGUUUGUGAGCUGUUUACUACACUUGUUAAAUUUUAGUGGUUCCUGAGGGUUCACUAUACUCAUUAGUGAGUUUUAAACAAGUGGUUCAUGAGCGUUCACUAUACUCGUUAAGGUGUUUUAAUGGUUUGAGGGAUCCCUACACUUAUUCGUGAGUUUUAGUGGUUUGUGAGUGUUUGCUAGACUCCUUAACAGAUUUAAGUGAUUCAUGAGAGUUCACUAUACUCAUUAACAUGUUUUAAUGGUUUGUGAAUGCUCACAACAAUCGUUAACAAUUUUUUGUGGUUCAUGAGCUUACAUUCGUUAAAGAGUUUGAGUGAACAUUUGCUACACUGUUUAGCGAGUUUUAAUGGUUUGUGAGCUGUUUACUACACUUUUUAACACAUUUUAGUUGUUCCUGAGCCUUGACUAUACUCGUUAAAAAGUUUAGUGAUUCCUGAACAUUUGCUAGACUUUUAACGACUUUUAAUGGUUUGCCAGCAUUCACUACACUUGUUAAGGAGUUUUAGUGGUUUGUGAGCAUUCACUAGACUCGUUAAAGAGCUUGAAUGGUUCGUGAGCUGUUUACAACACUUGUUAACAAAUUUUAGUGGUUCCUGAGCGUUCACUAUACCCUUUAACGAGUUUUAAAUGAGUGGUUCAUGAGCGUUCACUAUACUCGUUAAGGAGUUUUAAUGGUUUGAGGGUUCACUACACUCGUUAAAGAGUUUCAAUGGUUUGUGACAGUUCGCUACACUGGUUAGCAAAUUUUAAUGGUUCGUGAGCUGCUUACUACAAUUUUUAACAAAUUAUAGCGAUUCCUGAACAUUCACUAUACCCGUUAAUGAGUUUUAAUGGUCCGUGAGUGUUCGCUAGAGUUUUAAUGGUUCGUAAGCGCUCACUACACUCCUUUUAUGAGAUUUAGUGGUUCGUACACUCAUUAACAAUGUUUUGUGGUUUGUAAGCAUUCGCUACACUCAUUAACAAAUUUUAGUGGUUUGUGAGCAUUCACUACACACGUUAAUGAGUUUGAAUGGUUCUCUGGGCAGUUAUGUAACAAAUUAAUUUCUAGCAAGGGCACAGUUAACGACUGGUCUAUGAGUUCAACCCAAGUUUCCUAUCAAAAUGGUCUGGUUCUUUACAAUACGGUUCUAUAUGUUAACAUUAUUGCAUUAGGCAUCAUGAGCUAACAAUGAACAAUAAUUUUUACUUGUAUUAAUAUUGGUUAAUAUUGAUUUGUAAAUAUAGCCUACUAUUUUUAAUAUUUAUGCAAUUAACUUUUAAUGUUAAAAAUGUAUUAGUAAAUGUUGAAAUUAACAUUAACCAAGAUAAAUAAAUGUUGUAAAGGCAUUGUUUAUUGUUUGUUCAAAUUAACUUUUGUGUUAACUCAUGUUAACCUCUACCUUAUUGUAAAAUGUUACCAAUGCCCUUUAGUAGCAUAAACACCAUGUACUCUCUCAAUACAUUUUUCAUCCCAUUUUCCAGCACACCCUGCACAUCUGGCCAUGUUGUAGCCCUGUUCAUGUGUGCAGGAAGGUUAUCACGAGCCUAGGUGCGCCAGAGCUCAUUAGCUUUAUGAGAGACUCGAUAGAUGGUUUGGUUUUCAGUGCGUAAUGUUUGGAGCUCUCAGCCAGCCCCCUUCAUAUCAUAUGAGAUUGUGUUUUAUAAUUGAAGAGUAUGAAUAUUCAACAAAAAAAUAUAUUCUUUAUAAUCUGUUGUUCGGUAAUAAGUUGAAUGAAUGUUCUCUGAGCCACUUGAAAUGUGGAGUGUGUGUACCAUUUGGGAUAAUUUCAGACACUCCCAUGAAUAAUGAUGACAUGUUAUUGUUUUUUAUGAAGUAGGUAUUGUAGAUAUGAAUUACAUAACAGUGUACAAUCUGGUGUUGAUUAUGUCAUCUGCAGAUUUGUGUCUUGUGCAUUUCAUGGUGUAUCUGAAUAAUUGUGUUGUGGAUUAAACUCAUGUGAUGUAUGCAGUCUCUGGACCAGCAGCAUCUUAAAUAUGAGAUAUUCCAACAUGCUGGCACUGGACGGGUGCAAAGUGUUUCUAAUGCUUUUCUUUUCUAAUAAAACAUUGUUUCGAUCAGA